CCUGGGUCGGAGAGGCAGCACAGAUUCCUCAACGCACACAAAUCCUCCAGUUUAUUGAAUUCCCUUUCUCUCUCUAUCUGUUAAAAUUUAACUUGGGGAGGGGUUUGCAAGGCCACCAUUGAGUCACGCCUUGUGCAAACACCAAACAUAACCAGGCAGGACAAAGUCUAGUGAAAGACCAUGCCUUGGCACUGAUACACAAGUCUCAACGAACACCGCAAGCUGGAUCCAAAGAGGAGUGCGAGAAAGAUAUUUUAUUCCAAUCGACAAUCGCUAUUUCUUUUCUCCCCCCCCUUGAAAACCGUAACAAACUGCGGGACGAAUACACCACGAAAAAAAUAUGAUGAUCUGUUUCCUCGUUGCUUGAGGCUCCUUCUGGGCUGGAGGGGGUAAAAGCACGAGGUGAAUUUUAUCGCCCUAUCGUACAAAUUUAUUGCACCAUUUGUUGUGCCGGCUGUGAAGGUACAUCUGGGACAGACGUAUUGAGGAGGAAACUGAAUUGGAGUUCAAAAGGCUGGAGUAACUCAGCGGGACAGGCAGCGUCACUGGAGAUAAAGGAACAGGUGACUCUGUGGGUCGAGGCCACUUCUUCAUUGACUUGCUUGCAUAGACAAGGUAUACAAAUAGUGGCUACCUAAAGGGCGCUUCGAGAGUUAUAACGUAUUGUCGAUUUGAGUUCCAGGCUGGUGGGACUGGCGAGGAGUUGAUGAGCUUGGCGUUGUAUGUUGGACGCAGAGUCGGUGGAUAAAGGGGCCGAGCCAUGAGUUUGGGGAAGUUGCCGAUUUUCCGGAACCUGGUGCCGGGCCACCACAAGCGGCGCUUAAAGCCGGACCUGACCACGGACAUGAUCAGUUCGCCGAUGGGGGACUUCCGGCACACCAUGCACGUGGGGCGCGGGGGCGACGUUUUCGGCGACACCUCCUUCCUCAGCGAUCAUGGCGGCGAGGGGGCGCGGGAGGGCGCCAGCUCCAACCGGCUGGUCCGGGCCUUGCGUAACGCACGCCGGGCACCCGCCAGGAACAGCAGCCCCGACGUGGCUCCGCCGCCCCCAGUCUCCCCCAUCAUCAAGAACGCCGUCUCCCUGCCCCACCUGCUCGACACCGACAAUGGCACCGGCGUGCAACGCCUCAACUUCAAGACCGCCAUGUCCAGUCCUGGCAUCAUGGAUGGCUCUUAUGGAUUGGAGUCUGGAUUCUGCACCCUGCCCAGAUGGUCAAGGAUGGAGAAGUCCAAGGAGAGGGAGGCCAAGGUGGAACUGGUCAAGGCCACGGAGGAGAUGGAGGUGAUGGACUUCCAGUUGCCACGCACGGACUCCAUGAUGUCCUUCAGCCUGGACCUGGGCCCUUCGCUGUUGAGUGAGGUUCUGGCUGUGAUGGGGUCUCGGGGUGAGCAGACGCCGGAGAAGGAAUCCCCCAGCGGGCGGGAGAAUGGGAUGCGGUUGGUCAAGUUCCAGCUAGAAGGCCCGCCCGACCAGUUGGACGGCGAGGGUUCGCGACCCACGGUGACCUCGCUCAGCGGGCUCCGGGGACGGUUCCAGCCGGAGGCCUGGAUGGACGCGCCUACGGGCGAGGAGGAGCGCCCGUCACUGGGGCCCGCCGCCGCCAGCGCAGUUUACGGGCGUGCCACCCCUGGGGAACGCCGUGGGGCCUCCCAAACCCGGCGGGACGGCCCCACCCCCGCGGCCGAGCCGUCGCUAGGCCUCGGCGUCCAUCUUGCCUCAUCCGGGGAGCGAGACGCACGUGGGCGCUGGGGGAGCACGCGGGGAAGCGAAGCCGACGGAGACGGGAGCUGGAGGCCGCCCAGGCCCCGCGUACCGGCUGACGGUGAAGAGGCCGCUCUGGGCCACGCCGAGCGCCCGUGGGAUGGCGGGCCCUCUGCGGCCCAGGAAACAGGCUUCAACCCACUGAAGGCCGAAGCCUUCGCCUUCGCGGACGAAGACGAGGAAAUCCGCGUAUAAACCAGCACCGCGCGGACUCCCGAUUCCCCCCGCUGAUCAAAACACAGAUCUCGUCUUACAGGGAGAAAUAUAGAAAAUCAAAACCAAAAUCCCGCAGAUGCUUCCGAGACAAUCCGAGACAAAAACAGAGCAUGCUGGAAAAACCCAGCCAGUCAGUCAGCAUCUGUGGAAAGAGAAACAGUUCAUCAUAAGACCAUACGCCAUAGGAACAGAUCGAGUCCACUCCGCCAUUGAUCUAUUGGGUCCAGAACUCUUCAGCGGAACAGAUUAUUUUUUUCCCCCAAAGGUUAUCUUAAAAGGCAAAGGAUAUUUUGUUUUGUGAGACAAUGCCUUUGUGGACAUUUGAGGUGGAGCCACUUUAAGAUAAUUUCCUUAACAGGACGGCGCGAGAGGGGAGUUCACCCGGUGGUAAGUGCGUUGGACGGGUGCGUGAGGGGGCUUUCGGAUGCCCCAUCUACCCCCCCCCCCCCCAAGCCAACACAGAGUCGUACAGCAUAGAAACAGGCCCUUCGGCCCAACUUGCCCACCCACCCACACCCACCAACAUGCUACACUAGUCCCACCUGCCUGCGUUUGGCCCAUAUCCCUCUAAAACCAUUCCAUAUCCAUGUACCUGUCCAAAUGCUCUUUAAACAUAGUUAUAGUCCCUGCCUCAACUACCUCCUCCGGCAGCUCGUUCCAUACACCCACCACCCUUCAUGUAAAAAGAAAAAGAAAAAAAAGCCUCCCCUCAGUUUCCUCAUCUUCAACCUGUGUCCUCUGGUUCCCGAUUCACCCAACUCUGGGCAAGAGACUCCGUGCAUAAAUUGGAGGAUCUCAUAGCAUCUCAUAUUUCGAUUGGGCAGUUUGCAGCCCAGUGGUAUGAAUAUUGGUUUCUCUAACUUCAAGUAGUCCCGUCAUUCCCUCUCUCUCCAUCCAUCCAUUAGGAGAUUGAGAGGGGAUCUUAUAGAAACUUACAAAAUUCUUAAGGGGUUGGACAGGCUAGAUGUAGGAAGAUUGUUCCCGAUGUUGGGGAAGUCCAGGACAAGGGGUCACAGCUUAAGGAUAAGGGGGAAAUCCUUUAAAACCGAGAUGAGGAGAACUUUUUUCACACAGAGAGUGGUGAAUCUCUGGAACUCUCUGCCACAGAGGGUAGUCGAGGCCACAGUUCAUUGGCUAUAUUUAAGAGGGAGUUAGAUGUGGCCCUUGUGGCCAAGAGGAUCAGAGGGUAUGGAGAGAAGGCCAACUAACAAUGGCCUGUAUCCUUUAUCAUCUGCCCCAUCUGUAUCAUGUUUGCGUAUCAUUCAUCUAUAUAUCUCUCUCUCUACAUCACCGUCUAUAUCUCGUUUCCCUGUCCCCUGGCUCUAAGUAUUCUUCUCCUUGUGUAUGGCCGGCACAGCCUAAAGUUGUAGGACAACUUGUUCUGUUUGAUUGUCCACGCCGGGUUGAUUGCAUUCGCCGAAACAGGGCGGACCACGCAAAGGUUGCAAUCUCCCACCCUGCUCUCAGUCUGAAGAAGGGGCCACAACCCGAAACGUCACCCAUUCCUUCUCUCCAGAGAUGUUGCCUGUCCCGCUGAGUUCCCACAGCGUUUUGUGUCUUAUCUUCGGUCCAUUUACAUUUUGCAUUCCUCUCUUGAUCUUUUGUCUUGUCCUGUCCAGGGGAAUUGGUUCUGGGUGAAGAAAUGGUUCUGUUAUCAUCUCCAUUCACUACCGUUCCAGUGAAGCACGGUGGCACGAGAGCAAGGAGGUGAGGGGAGGCGGUGAAAAGUGAGGGGUUGGCUGGAGGAAGCAGGGAGCAUUGGGCUAGUGGAGGAUCAUGCAAAGUGCAUAGGAAACGGGGCACUGAUUGGGGAUGAUCAGCCAUGAUCACAUUGAAUGGCGGUGCUGGCUCGAAGGGCCGAAUGGCCUACUCCUGCACCUAUCGUCUAUAGUACCUCAUUCCUGCUUUCUCCCCAUAUCCCUUGAUUCCGUUAGCCCUAAGAGCUAAAUCUAACUCUCUCUUGAAAACAUCCAGUGAAUCGGCCUCCACUGCCUUCUGUGGCAGAGAAUUCCACAGAUUCACAACUCUCUGGGUGAAAAAGUUCUUCCUCAUCUCAGUACUAAAUGGCCGACCUCUCAUUCUUAAACCAUGAUCCCUGGUUCUGGACUCCCCCAACAUCAGGAACAUGGGAUACAAGGAACAGCAGAUGCUGGUUUACAGAAAGAAAAAAAACGCACAAUAUGCUGGAGUAACUCGACAGGUGAGGCAGCAUCUCUGGAGAACAUGGAGAGGAGAUGUUUUGGGUCGGGACUCUUCUCCAGACCGAUUGUGAUGGGAAAGGGGUUGGGAGAAGGCAGGAAAAGAGAGACGAGGGCGGGACAAGGUCUAGCAAGUGAUAGGUGGAGGAAGUAAGUGCAGAUGCUGGUUUAAACCGAAGAUCGACACAAAGUGCUGGAGUAACUCGGCGGGACAGGCAGCACCUCUGG